CACCAAAUACAAAAGACAUUAUGGGUGAAGUAGAAGGAGACCAUCGAGGUGACCUAACAUUGAUACCAACGGAGGAAGAAGAAGAGCGAGCAAGAGUCGAUAUCUAUAAAUAUAUAUUCGGGUUUGUUGAAAUGGCUGUAGUGAAAUGUGCCAUUGAGCUUGGAAUAGCUGACACCAUCGAAAGUCAUGGAAGACCCAUAUCUCUCUUGGAGUUAUCAUCAGACUUAGGCUGUGCUCCUCAUACCUUUCACCGCAUAAUGAGGUUUUUGGUGAACCGCGGAAUAUUCAAAGAAAUCAGAAACGAGGCCGUUGAAGGCUGUUUGUACUCACAAACAGCCCUCUCACGCCUCCUUGUGAAGUCCGGAGAUAGAAGCAUGGCGUCGUUGGUGUUGUUAUUGAGCAGCAAUCCUAUGAUGGCGUCGUGGCACGGCCUAAGUGCCCGUGUAACUGGUUCUUCGGCACCAUUUGAGGCGGCAAAUGGCGAGGAUAUAUGGAGCUACACGGCAGCCAAUCCUGGGCACAGCCAGCUAAUCAAUGAAGCAAUGGCCUGUCAUGCCAGGGCCACCGUGGCUGCAAUAUUAGACGGUUGUUUGGACGUGUUCGAUGGUAUCGGUACAGUCGUCGACGUUGGUGGAGGCAAUGGAACUGCUAUGCAGUUUUUGGUUAGGGGUUGUCCUUCGAUUCAAGGAAUUAACUUUGAUCUUCCCUAUGUUGUGUCUGCUGCGCUAAUAUGUGAGGGUGUUGUCCAUAUUGGUGGUGACAUGUUUGACUAUGUCCCUAAAGCUGAUGCUGCUUUUCUCAUGUGGAUUCUCCAUGACUGGGGAGACGAUGAGUGUAUUCAAAUACUAAAGAAGUGUAGGGAAGCUAUCCCGGAGAACAAAGGGAAAGUGAUAAUAGUAGAAUCUGUGAUCGAAAGUAAACCUCAAAAGGUUGUCAAAGAAGAGCUGGAGCUAAAAGAUCUGGGCUUCUUUCUAGAUAUGGUGAUGAUGGCUCAUACUAACAAUGGCAAAGAGAGGACCAUGGAGGAAUGGGCUUAUGUUCUUGGUAAAGCCGGUUUCCCACGAUACAACGUCAGAUCUAUUAAUGGUUCUGCCUGCUCUGUUAUCGAGGCUUUUCCAGUUUAAUUAAUAAUUCAGUUCUCUUUCCAGAAAAAAAAAAUAAUAAUUCAGUUCUCUUAAUUAGAUAUAUGUUUAUAUAUACAGUGGUGAUCUUAAAUGACGAGUAUGUAAUUUGUUGUUGUGGGGUAGUGAUUUCUGUCUAUUUUUCUGGUUUCGAGUUCUCUGAAACUUGUAUGUGUGUGUGAAUAAAGUAUUUUUCUUUUUUUAAUAAUCACUAAUGUUGACAAAGUGUAUCAUUUUGUAUCAUAAUAUAUAUGCGAGUUACAUUUUUUU